AUGGAAGAAGACGACGAUUACGUUGAGUAUGUUCCAGUGGCGAAGCGUAGAGCAAUUCAACUCAAGAAAUAUGCUCCAGAAGUUAGUGCAACAGAGCAAAUUAUCUUACAAGAGAAAGAGAUAUUGGAGCAAUUAUCAUCAGACAAGAAAAUUCUUACUUCUGUUCUUGAAUUAGCUAAAGGUAUUACAUAUACAGAGCCAUUGUUUACUGGUUGGAAACCUCUUUUACAUAUUACAAGAUUGUCUAAUAAGCAAAGAGACUUGAUUAGGAAGCAAUUGAAUAUCGAAGUGAAUGGUGAAGAUAUUCCACCACCAAUUAAGAUUUUUAAGGAUAUGAAGUUUCCUAGACCUAUUCUUGAUAAGCUUAAGGAGAAGGGUAUUGUGCAACCAACUCCAAUUCAAGCUCAGGGUCUUCAUGUGGUUUUAUCAGGGAUAGAUAUGAUUGGGAUUGCGUUUACUAGUUCGGGGAAGACGAUGGUUUUUGUGCUGCCUAUUAUUAUGAUUGCUUUACAAGAGCAGAUGAGGAUGCCUAUUGGUCCUGGAGAAGGUCCUAUUGCUCUUAUUGUUUGUCCAUCUAGAGAGUUAGCUAGGCAGACUUAUGAAGUUGUUGAGGAGUUUGUGGCUCCUUUGGUUGAAGCCGAAUAUCCGCGGUUGUUGUGUAUUGGUCGAGUUGAUAUGAGAUCUCAGUUGGAGGUUAUGAAGAGAGGUAUUCAUAUAGUUGUUGCAACUCUGGGAAGGUUAAAGGAUAUGCUUGCUAAGAAAAAGAUGAGCUUAGAUGCUUGCAGGUACUUGACAUUGGAUGAGGCAGAUAGAUUGGUUGAUUUGGGUUUCGAAGAUGACAUAAGACAAGUGUUUGACCAUUUUAAGUCUCAGCGUCAAACACUUUUUUUUUCUGCCACAAUGCCAACAAAAAUCCAAAUGUUUGCCACGAGUGCUCUGGUGAAACCCGUGAAUGUUAAAGUGGGAAGAUCUGGAGCUACGAAUCUCGAUGUGAUCCAGGAGAUUGAAUAUGUCAAACAAGAAGCAAAGAUUGAGUGGAAGCAGUGGCCAUCCAUGGAGGAAAAGAUCAAGAAGACAGAGAAUAUGCCAUCUCUUCGUUUAAAGCUGGGAAAAAAACAUGUCUUGGUCGCGACCGAUGUUGCUUCAAAGGGGUUAGAUUUCCCUGAUAUACAACACGUGAUCAACUUUGACAUGUCUGCGGAUAUUGAGAACUAUGUGCAUAGGAUAGGAAGAACAGGUCGGUGUGGUAAAACUGGGAUAGCGACUACGUUUAUUAACAAGAACCAAAGCGAAACCACGUUGCUUGAUUUGAAACACUUGUUGCAAGAAGCUAAACAGACAAUCCCGCCUAUUCUUUCUGAGCUGAACGAUCUAAUGGGGACAGCAGAGACAAUUGCUAAGGCAAGUGGUGUCAAGGGUUGUGCUAACUAUGACGGUAUCUGA